AUGAAGUGGACUACGCUCCUCUUCCCCGUCCUUGCCGUCGCGCACACCACCACCACCACCACCACCACCAGAACCAUCAGCACGAGCCACGUCGCCUCCCAUGUCAUCUACUCUUAUCCAGGCGUACAGCCCCCCUCCGACCUCCUAGACCUCAUCUCCCAAGGCAAAGUCGGCGGCCUCAUCCUGUUCGGCGAAAACGUCGACGACAACCUCCCCGCCACAAUCCAGUCCCUCCAGGAUGCCUACGCUUCCAGCCCGGCCUAUCUCGGCACCCCGCUCCUCAUCAUGACGGACCAGGAGGGCGGCGAAGUUGUCCGUCUCCCCGGCGGGCCAGCCCUGUCUGCCAAACAGGUCGGCGCCUCGGCCAACCCGGCCAAGACGGCCAGCCAGACCGGCGCGCAGGCCGCCGCCGUGCUGGCCAAGUAUCACAAUAACGCGAACUUGGCCCCCGUGCUGGACGUAUACCGCGAGAAGGGCGACUUCGAGGACCGCUACCAGCGCUCGUACGGGAAUACCUCGGCGCUGGUGAGCGAGUGUGCCACGGCGUUCAUCACUGCGCAGCAGAAGGCGGGCGUGAUCGCGACGGGGAAGCAUUUCCCCGGUCUCGGGGCGGCGGGCGCGGAUGAGAAUACCGAUGUUCUACCCGUGAGUAUUGGGCUGGACCUGGAAACGUUGCGCGAGGUCGACGAGGCCCCGUAUAAGGCGGCCAUUGCCGCGGGGCUGGAGAUGGUCAUGGCCUCGUGGGCGGUCUACCCGGCUGUGGAUAAGAAGCCGGCGGGGUUGAGUACGACAUGGAUUCAGGGGGAGCUACGUGGGAGACUCGCGUUCAAGGGAGUGACGAUCACGGAUGCGAUCGAGGCGGGUGGGUUGACGGGCUACGGGAAUGACGCCGAGCGCGGCGUGUUGGCGACGCAGGCCGGCAUGGAUCUGAUCCUCGCGGCAGCAAGGAACGUCACGCAGGGCGAGGCAAUUGUAGAUGCACUAGUGCAGGGGCUGCAAAGCGGGAACAUCAACGGGGAAGCUUUCGAUGCUGCAACGGCGCGCAUUCUGGAUUUGCGCAAGAAAUACGCAUGA